UCCAUAAGCUGCUUUAGAUAGCUGAUUAACCGUUUUUUAAGGAUUUUGGUAGUAAAUGAAGGUAGAACCUUCCAUAACCCUUUUAAUUUUGGUCCAUCAGGAGAAUUUCCUGGGCCCCCAGGCAUCGCCCCCAUGAUCCCUGGUUUUGUGACCCCUCAUGUACCUGCCAUGAGGUCUUUUCCACCAGGGUAUGUGCCACCUCAGAUACCCCCGAUAAUGCCCGUCCUUCAAGGACCACCAGGAUGCCCGCCUGGUCUGGAGUACUUAACCCAGGUUGACCAGCUUCUUGUCCAUCAGAAGGUGGAACUAAUCGAAGCUCUUAUGGGUUUUGAAACCAGCAACCAGUAUGUUGUGAAAAACAGCCUUGGACAGCAGGUGUGGCUCGCCGUCGAAGAGAGCGACUUUUGUACGCGGAUGGUAUGUGGUCCUGUGCGCUCUUUCGUCAUGCGCCUCCAGGACAACAUGGGAAAGGAAGUGCUCACCCUUACACGGCCUUUAAAAUGCAGCAGCUGCUGCUUUCCAUGCUGCCUUCAGGAGAUGGAGGUCCAGGCUCCUCCCGGCACUGCUAUCGGAUAUGUGACGCAGGACUGGCACCCGUACCUCCCUAAGUUCACCAUCAGGGACGAGAGGAUGAGCGCGGUGCUGCGGAUCGUCGGACCUUUCUGUGACUGUAACUGCUGCUCGGACGUCAUUUUCAAGGUCACAUCCCUAGACGAGGCUUCGGUAAUCGGUAGGAUAAGCAAACAGUGGGCAGGCUUGGACACCGAAAUGUUUACGGAUGCAGAUCAUUUCGGCGUUCAGUUUCCCGUGGAUCUGGAUGUAAAAAUAAAGGCUGUCGUGUUGGCUGCUUGUUUCCUCAUUGAUUUCAUGUUUUUUGAGCAUUCACCUAAACAAGAAUGACCUCAUUAAUUUAUUAAGAAUAAAAGAAAUCCAUGUGAAUGUG